GCGUUUUAAUCUGUCAACAUACUGCCGAUCCAAUUAGAGACGUUCAAGAAAGAGCGUUUGAAAAUAAACCCCGGAACUGUGACUAGAGCAUCAAGAACAAAAGAAGAUUGUGACAAUUUCGAAAAUUUCCUUUUACGGAUGAACUGAAACUAACCAACAUGAAUGACAGCAAUACAAGAGCGCUUUCACCAGAGACGACUGCUGCUUAUUGUCUUGAGAGCAUUUCUAAGGGAAAGUUGCAAAAUGCACAAGUUAUUGCCUCAUUUGUCGUGCUCUGUAUCAUCAACGUUAUUGUAAUUGCUGGGAAUUUGCUUGUCAUCUUAUCUGUUUUUAUUUCUGCGAAACUUCGGACUGUGACCAACUUCUUUAUUGUGUCUUUAGCUGUGUCAGAUUUCCUUGUUGGGCUGGCGGUACUGCCAUACUCUAUGACUUUGGAAGUGUUGGGUGUAUGGGUGUUUGGGAAAACUUGGUGUCACAUCUGGCUGGCUGUUGAUGUGUGGCUGUGCACGUCGUCCAUUCUUAACCUGUGUGCCAUCAGUGUUGACCGCUAUCUCGCCAUAACUCGACCAGUACACUAUCGAAGUAUCAUGUCGCCUCGACGUGCUAAACUGGUGAUCGCUGCUGUAUGGGUGUUUGCUUUUAUCAUCUGUUUCCCACCACUGGUAGGCUGGAACGAUAGCCGUUCUGUAACUGACGGGUUGGCUGUCCAGCACGUCAACUCUUCAUUGGCGGAAGACCAAAAUGAAAUCAUUUCGUUUUUAGCAGAAGACAACAAUAAUUCUAUAAUUAAUGCAUCCUUACAAGACAACAGUCACCGAGUGCCGCCACUUUUACCAGAAACGUGGUCAUUUCUCCGGGAAAUUAGUUGGGCUAAUAUUUCCACCAACCAAACAACGUACCCAUUACCAUCAAAAAAUACUAGUCUUACCUGUACAGUAACAAUUUGCACUCUCAACAGUAACAAAGGUUAUGUCAUCUACUCCGCACUCGGUUCCUUCUACAUUCCCAUGCUUGUAAUGCUCUUCUUUUACUGGAAGAUCUACGCAGCAGCCAGCAAAACAGGAAGGGCCUUACAAAGAGGAUUCAAGACCACCAAGCUAGGUAAGUGUAAGAACGAACAAGGACAAGAACAGUUUUUGACUCUACGAAUGCAUCGUGGGAAUACUGUCUCAAGCAUCCACGUGCCAGAAGGUUCUUCACAAAACCACAGUGUACGUGCCAAAAGUCAAAGGUCACAUACAGCUAUGAGUGCCGAUGAAAGUAGUAGAAGCGCUCGCAAUAGUUCGUGUUCUAGUGCAAGAACACUUUCAACUUCUUUUGGUUCUUGUAAAGAACCCAGUUAUGAAAACAGCCCUAGUACAAUAUCAGGCUCCCGGGAAAGUGAUAACGGACUUACGAGAGAAGGAAGGCUAUACUCUACGCGCAUGAGCAGACGAAAUGCACGCUGGCAUGCCAGACGAUUUCAUGCUGAAGCAAAAGCUGCCAAAACGGUGGGUAUCAUUGUUGGAGGUUUCAUCUGUUGUUGGCUACCAUUCUUUACAAUAUACCUAAUAGGAGCUUUUUGUGAUGAUUGUGUUUCACCGCUGUUAUUUUCAGUAUUCUUUUGGUUAGGCUAUUGCAAUUCAGCAAUUAACCCUUUUAUUUAUGGGCUAUUUAGCCAAGACUUUCGUUUUGCUUUUAAAAGGAUCUUGUGUCGUUGUCUAAUGAAACCAGAAGGAAUAUCUUUGCUCAUUAGACAAAUCCACAUUCCUCUCAUGGUGGAUGAUCCACGUGACAUCACAGAAUCUAGCUAAACAUUAACUUAUUUGUUGUAUAUUUCUGCUCCAGUAAGUUAAUUAUUCACUGUGUAUGUUCCCUUCUCAGUAUACGUUCAUUACCUAAGGAAAAAUGAUGUUCGUAGAUGUACAUAAAGCAUUUUUAUUACAAAAAUAUAACCAUGAUUAUGCUCAUUGAAAUGAGCAAAACACUAGAAAAUAUACUAAGAGUGAAAAUAACGGUUGUCAAUCACUGAUUUCGAUUGUAAGCGGAUAUUAUCAAUUAAAAUGUAAUUACACAUACUAUUAAAAUCGUAUUUUUCAACCGAUAUUUCUAUCUGUAGAAAACUAUUCCAGUAUCGAUAGACAGUUUAUGAACUAUAUAUAUAUAUAUAUAUGCUUAUGAGAAAUGUUACAUAGUAAUGAAAAACAGAGCAACACUAACAGCUUUCAAUAGUGUGUUUUCUAGAAAUGUUGUGUGUAUACGUCAAUCCCAUUUUGAUAUUCGAAUAAUUGUAUAGUUUAUUUCUUUAUAGACAUCCGUUUUAAAUUAUUGUAAUAUUUAUUGUUGGAAACAAUAUCUUUUAUUGCAUUCACUAUUUAAAAAACACGAAACAAUUGAUUCAAAAUUUAAAUGUAUCUUCAUGGACAAUCUUUUACAAAAGGAGAAAAGAUACUUUAUCUAUGGUCGUAAAUAGAAAUUUUAUACAGAUGGCGAAAGUUCCUAGUACGAUUAAACAAAUUAAGUAUCCUUACAGUGAAUAUACGACCAUGAUAAAGUAAAUGAAGGUUUACAGACAUAUAUAUAUAUAUAAAGGACAUGUAUGGUUAAUAUGCUGAAAACAUGUAGAUAACUUAUGUUACUUUAUUUGUUUGAUAAGUAGAUGCUGGCGUUCUGGUGAUAAUGUGCCUAUUUCUUUGUAGUGUAACAUGCAAUAAUUUGCUAAAAUUGUACAGUUUUGAAUAUACUUAUAGGUCGUUUGAUUACUUGUAUAAAAUAUUCAUCGUGAAAUUACUAGAAGCAAAUAUUAAGUCUGCUCGAAUCCAUUUUCAAACAUUUACAGAAUUAUCACAAGCACAAUUGAGCAAUGAAAGAAGAAUACGCAAGGUGUCGUUGCCUCAUUAGUAGUUGCUGGGAAAUAGUUAUGAAUGUUGUUGGUUUUUAGAAACUGA